AUGCGCUCAUUGCCCUUCACUUUGUUUGUUGCCGCAAAAUGGCUUUUCGCGCCAUACGGCGAACAGCAUUCAUGCUCCUUGUAAUGCUGUCCGUAACACUUUACAUCACCUUUCACGAUUUUCUCAUUCCCAACCAGACCAAGUUACCUCCAAAAUAUGUGUACACUGCAGGCCAGGAAUCUCACAAUCUCGCCGAAUAUUUCCAGCUGUCUAUUUAUAAUGGCACCACAUCAAGACCGAGCGCAUAUUGGGCCCCAUUCAGCUUGAGCAAUUGCACUUUCGGUCUGCCUCCUUACUAUGCACCAUGUGUAGCGCAAAGACUGCCGAAACAAGUAUUAUAUGCGGAGGAAUUGUUGUAUCCGGCAUUCGAGAUACGACAACCCUAUUUCGCGACGUCGGAACAUCGCGCACAGUGGCGGAAGGCUGCGAUGAGCAUUAAAGAACGUGGGGUACUACAAGCCAAUGAUUGGCUAGUGUACAAAGGACAGUCUGGGCAGAAUUUUGUCUUUGAAAAUGUCACAUAUCUAUCUCCAAAAUCGUACGACCGCUGGUCUGACGAUGCAUGUAUGGCCAAACUAGGCUCGUCCGAAGGCAUCCAACCGUUUGAUGCGAGUGAAGUCCUGGCUCGACCUAAACCUCCGAGUAUCUACGGUACCGCUCUGGUUGCACUAUCACCCGAAUCCUUCGCAUUCCAGCAUCAUCUUGAUCAUAUAACGCAUAUCAUCGCACAAGGUUCUCAUCUCACCUACGGUCCCGAGACCCCAUAUGUUAUCACCGGUCGACAGGGAAACGGUUUCGUCAAGCAGCUCUGGAAAGGACUUGGCUUUGAUGAUGAACACGUCCUGUAUCGAGCCAGAAAGGACAUCCUCGCCAACAGAAUGAUCUUUUCGUGUCGAACCGUGUUGGUUCAUCCAUGGCUGUCAUUGAAAACGUUAGAGGCAUUUGGAAUAGAUUAUAUGAAGCCCUCUCCUACAAGGAACAAGAUCUUGUAUAUGUCGCGAUCUGAACGUGGUAUCCACAUGCGGAACAGAGGACGCAGAGUCCUCAAUGAGCCGGAACUUCUCAGUGCCAUCGAAGCCUAUCUCGCAGAACGAGGGAAAGACGAAGAAGUCGUCAUCUUUUCAGAGGGCAUGCUCGAUAACGUUCCAAAGUUCUUUAAAUGGUGCAACGAGAACGUCAUGGCAGUAAUUGGUCCUCAUGGUGGAGCGAUGUACCACCACCGCUGGGCUGCGAGAGGAACGGUGGUAAUUGAGAUGAUGCCUACCAGUUACACGUCGAUGACCAUAUAUGAAGAAGCUUCGGUGCUCUCUCAGACAUACGCUGUGCUGGUAGUCGAGCCCAGCAGCCAGGGAGGCACGAACAUGAUCAUUAAUCCAGUACAUGUCGUUUCACUUCUACAACGACAUCUGGGAGUACCGAUGCGGACGCUACGCCGUGUAUUUGAAGAAGACCCAGAUGGUGAUGAGUCUCAUCUAGCCGAAGAUCCGCUGAGGAUAAGUUACCAAUGGGGUGGCAAGGAACUUGGCCUAUAGUAUUCAGGUGGUGAAGCCGUGCCCAUAUAUGUUGAAGCUGGCUUUGCUUGUGUAUCAAUAUUUCAUACUUACAGCAGUUGUAAUCAGCACCUAGUCUCGAUGGCUCUCGGACUGUACUAGGUACAUAUUGUACUAUAAACAUUAUCUAUACAGACUUUUACU